AUGUCUACUGCACAGGUUCCGGAUUUGCUGCGCUUUUUGUCACAGGAUGCCAAAAUCCCACUGGCGACUGCUAUGGGUAGAGUAAUAGACCUUCAGAAAUCAAGGCUAGUUACUCCUGAACAAAUCUCCAAGGCGGAGCUCAAAACACUACAAGACAUCUUCAAGGAGGAGAAGCUCGCAAAACAGGUGUUUAAUGCAGCAAAGCGGGUAUCCAAGAAGCGUGCGGCGCCUGUCCAAGGUUCGACAUCGUCACAGAAAAAAGCAAAAGGCUCCGACAGAGGAGAGAAUGUCACCCCGUUUGAAACAGAGUGCUCUCUCUCCCUUCCAGCCUCAUCGGCAGCCGAAGAUGAGCUGUUGAACGUUGUCCUACUUACUAAUAGAGCGCCGCUGGUGCUUGCUUUUGCCGUCUGUAUCCUAAGGUACACAAUGCCCGAGCAGCCGAUUUCUAGCAGGUUGAGCCUAGCCCAGGCAGUGGUUAGUGCCAAUAGUCGCUCAAAAGCUGUCAGUCUGGGCAUUGCAAGCGGCGAUUCGGCCGAGCAUGAAGGCUGGGGGGAAGGGCAGCCCGUGGUCAAAGUCUUGGGAAGAGAAAUCAAGGUUUUGAAAAGAUGGGACUACAAUCCCCGAGAGGGCCAACCGACAAAAGAGCAUUGCACAGAGAAGAAUGCGAUACUCCCCGGUGCUUUAGACGAUAUACUAGGCCAGCCCAUCUCUGGUGAUUCAACCAAUACACCACCUCUAUGGGGGGAUUGA